UUGGGCCAGGCAUAUCAUUGACAACAGGACAAUACCUUAUAAUUUCCUCUUCACCAUAUUCUGCGUUCGACAUGAAUCAGUUCCGAGUCAUCACCAGAUGGCGCCCACUAGCAAGCAGUGACGUACACCAGACUGAAAUCAAUCGGAAUUGUGAGGAGCACCCCAACUCUCGCAUUUCAAUGUCACUUGUCCCAUCCGCCCCAAAUACUCGGCCAUGGAAAAGCGAAGCCGCCUUUACACAGGUCUUCGAAGCCAGAGACAACAACAAGACUGUCUUCGACGCAGUGGUGGCUCCCACACUGCCGGAGGUGCUGAAAGGCCAUUGUUCCAACUUCUUCGCGUACGGUCACUCAGGAAGCGGGAAAUCGCAUACGAUUAUGGGGUACGAUUUCAAUAACCCCCAUGAAUUCGGGAUGUGCUUGGCAGCGGGUCACCAUCUAUUUGAGAAGCUGGAGGCAUUGAAUGAAGCGGAUAGUGAUGCUGCUUUGCAACUUGGGAUUGGUCUACGCAUGUACGAGUUGCGGAACAAAACAGCCUUCGAUCUCCUCAAUGGACGCUGUAACUGUCAUGUCCGUGAAGGGUAUGAUGGGCAGACGCAUAUCAGGGGAGAGACCGAGGUGCUAGAAAAUGGAAAGGUCAGAGUGCGUCCCAUUGUCACCAAAGCAUGCUGGAGCUUUGAUGAAUUGCGUAGGGAACUCCUGACUGGUUUGGCAUUGAGAGCGACCGGUAGUUCGACCAUUCAUGACCAAAGUUCCCGUACGCAUGCGGUGCUAGAGCUUGAAAUCGUCACAAGAGCUCUGCUCGAUGCUCGCGAUGCCGUGAUCGAGCGACAGUCAGAGCUCGUGCCAGUUGCAAAGCGCGCGACCGAUAUAUACCUGGAAGAAAAUUUGAAGGGGGUGGUGCAGACACCAGACGGGGAGUACAUCCCCAGUCCAGACUAUCAGAUUGACCAGGCACGUAUUGAUGCCGCAGAGGCGCAGAAGGCUGAGUUUGAGACGUUUGUGAAGGAGGCAGAGCAUCAUGUUGAAGAGAUAAUGACAUCAUCUCAGCAUCGGUGCCUUGGAGGAAAGCUGGUGUUUGUCGAUUUGGCUGGAUCUGAGUAUUACCAUGACAAAGCUGCCCCCUCGAUUCCCCGGCCAAAGCAGACCGCUCAGGAACAGCAGGAAGGCCGGCAGAUCAAUACCGACUUGCUCUCCCUAAAAGAGGUCAUAAGAGCAAAGGCACACAAGCAGACCCGUAUUCCAUUCAGAUCUUCACCCCUAACCAUGGUCCUUCGUGCCCACUUCAUGGGAUCUCGCACCGUGAAAAGCCAUUCAGCGAUGAUUCUUACGGUGUCACCUUCAGCCGAGCAGUUUGCUGCGACCAUGAACACGCUAAAGUACGGAAAUCUGAUUGGCGUGGCCGGCAGUGACAAGAAAGCAGCGCGAUAAACUAAGGCCAGGAAGGAGCCUAUGUUGACAUUCCGGAGGCUAAUGCCAUUGACUUUAGUAUGAUACUCAAUGGUUUCAGCUCCGUUCGUUCUUGGGAUGCCGUUUCGACAAACUGGUUAAACCAAGUCACUAAGGCGAGAUCUGUUUCGGGAUCGUGACGUUCAGGAAAUCCGAUCAUGUCCAUGCUAAGAAUAAACAACGGAAUGAAUUGAUGGAGCAGAAUGAGACUGAUACCCCAGUACGGGUGUGGAGUGGAGAUCAUAAUUGACCGGGACAUUUGGAGGCUCUUCCUCGCAAUAUCCACAGUGUGGUACGGAAGAAACUCACUGCUUUGGUUACAUUUCUUGGAUUGGUAGAACA